UUUAUAUAUUUUGCAGACAUGGAAGUAAAAAUAAAUAGUCAAGCACUUGAAGAAAUCUUUUCUCGAUUAAGAAAUUCUGAUGAACAGACACCAAGUGUAGCAAAGGAAACUGUACAAGACAUCAAAAAUGAAUUAGAGCAUACAUUUCUUACACCUAAACAAAGUUUUCCUGAUUCUUGGUUAAGCAAAUGUCAAGAACAUUGGAAAGAAACACCAGAGUAUGCGUCUCAUGGAUAUUCACAACUUUCUAAAGCUCGUACAAAGAUUGAAGUGGUACGAAAGGGAUUUGAUGGAGAUAUUAUUGGAUUUAAAGAAGACAUUUUGGACGAUCCCAACUCGACAUGUAAUAAUUCAACAAGUUUUUCUAGAGCAUUCGGAUCUACAAAAGAUUUCGUUCGUGGUUCAGCAUCACAAUUUCCAUUUGCACCAGGAGGUUUAGAGGCUGAAAUAAUUGAAGAUGACAUAGUAAACGAAGUCGAAUUGGACACAAAUAUCGACUUUUUUGAUAAUGAAGAAGCAAAUCAUUUAAUGAUGGAGGCACCAGGCUUAGAUAGAGGUUUAGUUUUUCAAAAGGAAACGGAAGAAAAGACAGAGUCGGAAAUUCCUAGAAAGGAGGCUAUUGUUUUUAGUAUUGAAGACAUGAUGGCGCCAAUCGAUGAUAAAUUUGAUUUCUUAAAUGUUAAAGUUGCACCUAUUGAUGAAGUAGCAGAAGAACUACCUGAAAAGGAAAAUUUUGAAAAUGGAAAGGAUAACCAAGAAGUAGAUGAAUUAUUACCUGCUAACAUACUCCCACAAAAGGAUCUUAUACCUAAAAAGCUAAAUAAAAUGCCUCAUGAAGCUAUUAAACGUGUUGAAUGGGCGCAUGAAAUUAAUGUAAAUGAGCCAUUUGAUAACUUUUAUGAUCUUGUACCUGAAAUGGCUAUGGAAUUUCCAUUUGAACUUGAUAUUUUCCAAAAACAGGCCGUAUAUCAUUUAGAAAUGGGCGAUUCUGUCUUUAUUGCAGCACACACGUCGGCUGGUAAAACAGUAGUGGCUGAUUAUGCAAUCGCCUUAGCUACAAAACAUAUGACAAAAGCUAUCUAUACAUCACCUAUUAAGGCUCUUAGUAAUCAGAAAUUUCGUGAUUUUAAGCGUACAUUUGGUGAAGAUGUUGGUAUUUUGACAGGUGAUGUUCAGAUUCGCCCUGAGGCAAGUUGUUUAGUCAUGACCACAGAAAUUUUACGUAGUAUGCUAUAUAGAGGAGCAGAUCUUAUCCGUGAUGUAGAAUUUGUCAUAUUCGAUGAAGUUCAUUAUGUUAAUGAUUUAGAGAGAGGCGUAGUUUGGGAAGAGGUUAUUAUUAUGCUGCCUGCCCAUGUUAAUAUUAUUUUAUUAUCUGCUACAGUCCCCAAUACAAAAGAAUUUGCAGGCUGGGUUGGUCGUACUAAAAAGAAAGAUAUUUAUGUUAUCAGUACAUUAAAGAGACCUGUGCCUCUCGAGCAUUAUAUUUAUGCAAAUAAAGAUAUAUACAAAAUUGUUGGAGCUAAUGAAAACAAAUUAAACAUGGUUGGUUACAAUAAAGCUAAGGAUGCUAUGUUAAAACGCAAGGAACAAAUUGAUAAGGCUAAUAGAGUUUCGCCCAAUGCUCGAGGUGGUCGUGGAGGAAGAGGCGGUUCUGUUGCUCGAGGAGGUAAUCGAUCUGUAGGUCGCAGUUAUCAAGCAGCUAUGCAAACGGAUCGUAAUUUAUUUGUGCAUCUGAUUGGUAUGUUAAAAACCAAGAGUCUUUUACCUGUUGUUAUUUUCACUUUUUCGAAAAAGCGAUGUGAAGAAUAUGCAAGUGGUCUUACAAAGACGGAUUUAUGUACCAGUUUAGAAAAAAGUGAAAUUCAUGUUUUUAUUGAGCGUAGUUUGGUUCGUCUUCGUGGUUCAGAUAAAUACUUACCACAAAUAUUAAGAAUGAGAGACUUAUUAAGUCGAGGAAUUGCUGUACAUCAUGGUGGUCUAUUACCAAUUAUUAAGGAAAUGGUUGAAAUCUUGUUUGCUCGCGGUUUAGUCAAAGUUUUAUUUGCAACAGAAACAUUUGCAAUGGGUGUUAAUAUGCCCGCUAGAAGUGUUGUGUUUUCAAGUAUUCGUAAACAUGAUGGUCGUAAUUUCCGUGAUUUGCUACCAGGUGAAUAUACUCAAAUGUCCGGUCGUGCAGGUCGUCGUGGGCUUGAUAAUACUGGUGUGGUUAUUCUUGCUACAGGAGGUGAUGAACCACCAGAAAUCUCUUGUUUAUCUACUAUGAUCUUGGGUAAACCUACAAAACUUGAAUCACAAUUCAGAUUGACAUAUAAUAUGAUUUUGAACUUAUUACGUGUGGAGGCAUUAAAAGUUGAGGAAAUGAUUAAACGUAGUUUUUCUGAAAAUAGUGCUCAAAAGCUCUUGCCUGAAACAAAACGAUUAGUAGAUGAAAGUGAGCAAAAGCGAAGUGCACUACGUCAACUUGACUGUGCGAUUUGUGAACCUGAUCUUGAAAAGUUUUAUGAUAUGUCCGGUGAAGUUAUUUUCCUUACUCGUAAUAUGAUGACACAAUUUAUUAGUAAUACGCCUACCGGUAAUAGAGCUCUUUCUACAGGUCGUUUGAUCGUCGUCAAUACGAAUAUAUAUAGAAAUGUACCUGCUAUGAUCUUAAAACCCUUACCCAUAAGUACAGCUAAUUCACAACAUCGUUCCUUUUACUGCCUUAUUUUAUCAUCAAAGGAUUUUGAUAAUAAUAGUUCUCUUAACUUGGAUGAAUCAGUUCCUUUACCUAUCACUACUAUAUGCGCAUCAGAUAGUGGAGAGGGUAAAACGAGCAUUAUUACAGUAGGAGCUCCCGAUAUUUUGUUUAUUUCUCGAUUAACGGUUAAGAUUGAUGUGGAUGCUAUUAUGGCUGGUACAGACUCGGUAGAAGCCGUCAAUGCUCGUCAACAAUUAGAAGCAUUUGGUCUCGAUGCUAAGAGAAGCGGUAUAGUUGAGUUUGAUUUUGGUAAAAUUAAGGAUAUGGAGUUCCAAGAAAUGUCACGUUCCAGAAACUCUCUUAUUAAACGACUUCGUACCGAAUUCCAAUGUACAAAGUGUCCUGAAUUUAAUGAACAUUAUGGACUUAUUCAUGAUCAUAAGAAAUUAUCAAGUCAAAUAGAAAUGCUGAAAAUGACCAUCUCUGAUCAAAACUUAGAAUUGCUUCCUGAUUAUCAUCAACGUAUUGAAGUUUUACGACAACUUAAUUAUAUUGAUGAUCAAGGCACUGUUCAACUUAAAGGACGUGUUGCUUGUGAAAUUAACUCUGCUGACGAAUUAUUAUUGACAGAGUUAGUAUUAGACAACGUUUUUGCAGAUUAUGAACCUGCUGAAGUUGUUGCUCUUCUCUCUUGUUUCGUAUUUCAGGAACGCAAUGCUAGUGAACCAAGAUUGACGCCCAAGUUAGUGAAGGGUAAAGAAGUCAUUUUAGCAUAUGCUCGUAAAAUUGCUGAACUUCAAGUUGAGUGUGGGCUACCUAUAUCAGUUGAGGAUUACGUGAGUGGUCUUAAAUUUGGUUUAGUAGAAGUCGUUUAUGAAUGGGCAAGAGGACUGUCAUUUAAAAGUAUUACCGAUUUGACUGAUGUAUUAGAAGGAUCUAUUGUGAGAUGUAUUAGUCGACUAGAUGAAACUUGUCGUGAAGUAAUGGGUGCUGCUCGUAUGGUUGGAGAUACAAGUCUUUAUAAGAAAAUGGAGCAAGCUGAGCAGGAUAUUAAGCGUGAUAUUGUUUUUGCAGCAAGUUUGUACUUUUAAUUAAAAUAUCUACAACAUCAUUCUAUCAAAUGCUUAUAUAUAAUGUCAUCUAUGUUACUUUGUUUUUUUUUUCUUCUUCAGCUGAAUACAUAUAACUUCCUUUUAUUCAUGAAUUAUAUUACAAAUAAAUGAAUAUAUAUACAGCAUUAGAUUUUAUACAAA